AUGUCACAGAGGUGUUGGGAACUUUCCUCAUGGAUUUUUGAAUAUCAACUGGAUUCCCAGCCCUUGAGUCCAUGUGAGCUGAAGAGAGAGAAUGCCAUAGCUCAAGGAGAAGACUACAUCCCUCAGUGCCUGGAUGAUGGAAGAUACAGGAAUGUGCAAUGCUCCAAAGAUGGAAACAUCUGCUGGUGUGUGGAUGCAAAAGGCCACGAGAUUGCCAGCAGCAAACAAAGCAGUUCAACUGUUUCCUGUUUCUCUUCAUGUCAGCUCCACCGACAGCAGGUGUUCCAUGAUGUCGAUGUUAGCUACACCCCUCAGUGUUCAGAUACCGGCGAGUACGAGGAAGUGCAGUGUGAUUCCUUCACUAAGGAGUGCUGGUGUGUGGAUGCAGAUGGAAUGGAGAUAUAUGGAACUCGACAAAAUGGAAAACCAGAACAUUGUCCUGGCAACUGUGAAGUAAGAAAUCGCCGCCUUCUUCAUGGCUUUGGAGAGAAGUCUCCCCCUCAGUGUAGCCCAGAUGGCACUUUUCUCCCAGUCCAAUGCAAAUUUAUCAACACAACUGACAUGAUGGUCUUUGACUUGCUUCAUACAUUUAGCAGGUUUCCAAGUCUAUUCCAAACAUUCAGUAACUUCCGCAGGGCGUUUCCUGAAGUUUCCACUUACUGUUUUUGUGUAGAUAGCCAAGGGAGAGAGCUUGCAGGUACAGGUCUUGAGUUACUGCUAGAUGAGGUUUAUGACACCGUAUUUUCGGGAUUUGAUUUGGGUCACUCUUUCACGGAGUCCAACAUGUACCGCAUUCUUCAAAGACGUUUUCUUGGAGUACACCUGGCUAUGAGUGGGAGAUUCCGAUGCCCAACUAAGUGUGAAGUCGAACGAUCCAUAGAAGCACGAGCAAACAAUACUUUUUGGCCUACCUGUAAUGAAGAUGGAAGCUAUAAACCCACGAAGUGCUACGGAACAAAUUUGUGCUGGUGUGUCGACCACAAUGGAAAAGAGAUUGUUGGCUCAAGGCAGAAUGGAGAACCCUUUUGCUCUUUAGGGAAUACUGACUGCCUGACUGAGAGAAGACAGGCACUUUCCCAAGUGUUUUUUGGGCCAGUUGGUUUCUUCAGCCAAAACAACAUAUUGUCCACCCCUGGUGUUACACAAGAAAACCCAUUCAAGCUCUACAGUUUUUGCAACCCUGAGUUAAGCGAGCUUGUUCUGAAAUCAGGACUCUUGGAUGCUCUUUCUGAAUUUAACAAACCCACUAUGAAACAUGUGUUAUCUGAGGUCAUUCGAGGUCUAUUCCCAUCUACAAAACUGGCUCUCAAAGCCCUACAACUGACCACCAAUCCAAAGAGACUUCAAGAGAAUCUCUUUGGGGGAAAAUUUUUGAAAAAUAUUGGCCAGUUCAACUUCAGUGGGGCAGUAGGUUCCAGGGGAACGUUCAACUUUGACAGUAUUUUCAAACAGGUUGGCGUGACAGCAGACAGCACAACCUUUGAUCAGGUGGCCAAACUCAUCUCCUCAGAUGUCAAGCCAAACACUUUACAUCUUGAACAGCAAGUUAGAGAUGAGUUCGGAAAGGAUGUAAACUUGCUGACAAAUCAGAACUUAAUCAAUAUUAUUGGGUCUGUUUUGGAGAAUGAGCAGUUUUUUAUAACUUUACGCCAACUCCUGUUUUCCUUCAAGGCAGGAGAGGAGGACCAAUUAGAUAUUUUUUUCCAGCUGCUUUUCCAGAAUUUUGACACCAAUGCAUGUGAUAAAAAGGAACCUCUGUUUGUUCCUCGUUGUAGUCAGGAUGGACUUUACGAGCAGAUUCAGUGCAUGGGAAUGGAAUGUUGGUGUGUAGAUUCACAAGGAAAGGAGAUUCCUAUGUCUCGUACUCAGAGAAAGAAGCCUCACUGCCCAUCCGCAUGUGAGAAGGAACGUGAAAAGGCCAAGUUGUCGCUGGCUAGCCAAGCAGCAGGCUCUGAAAUAUUCAUUCCAAAAUGUGAAGCUGAUGGAAGCUUUAAAUCCUUUCAGUGUUUUGGGAAGAACUGCUUCUGUGUGGAUAGAGAAGGAAUGAGAUUGACUAGAGCAACAUCGAGAAAGACAUCAAAGUGUCCUUCAGCCUGCCAGAGAGAAGCUGCUCAGCACUUUUUAAGAAAUGCAAAACUUUUAUUAUCGAGGCCCUCUUCCUUGUCCCAAAUCUCUGAUGUCUACAUCCCACAGUGUAAUGCUGAUGGAAGCUGGCGAGAAGUGCAAUGUAAUGGGCCUCCUGAACAAGCUUUUGACUUCUACAACAAGUGGGUUAGGGAAAAUAAUGGAAGCAAAGAGCUCCUGGUAAUGAAUGUCAUUGAGACGAUUAAGAGAUAUCUGAUGGUACCUGACAUUUUUACCAGCUUUAAAGCUUUUGUCAGAGAACUGUACACCACCGGCACAUACAAAGUUUUCUCAGUUUUUUCCGACUAUGCAACCUUUAAUAAUGUGCCAUCUGAUUUCUUUAAUGGUACCAAUGAUGCCCUUUCAAACAACUCUGUGUUCCUGAAUCCCUAUUCCUUCUGGAGUCUGUUGACUGGGAAUUUCACAUCCUAUCCCGGGGAGUACUCUGAUUUUAGUGUGCCUUUGAGCCACUUUCCACUCCGCCAGUGUUGGUGUGUUAGUAAAAAUGGGAAAAUGAAAACUGGAACAAAAACUCCAGCUGACGGGAUUCCAAAAUGUCCUGGACCAUGUUCUGAAGCUAGUCAGCAGGUGGCAGUGUUUCUCCAGCAAGCAGAAGAGAUCAUGCGUGUGUCUAGCACAUCUAAUGUGCCAUUUAGCUAUGGGUUUCUAUUGGCCAGUGGGCUUCAGUUCACUUCAGAUGAAAUUAUAGAUCGUGUUGGCACCCUCACAUCAGUAAUAAGCCUGUCUGAGCGGCUACUCAGUGACAGGGACUAUGCUUUUCAACUUGCUGCAUACACAACUUUUACUUUCUACAGAAAGAUGUCUUAUCAAGGUGAUGCCCUAACAUACCAGCCCUACAUGCCCCAGUGUGAUGGCCUUGGCUACUGGGAGCCGAUGCAGUGUCAUGAGAGCACAGGUCACUGUUGGUGUGUUGAUGAAGAAGGAAGUUAUAUCCCGGGUACAUUGGUGAACCACCCUGUGAAUGUGACAUUUUGUCCUAGUUGGUGUAGUUUAUUAAAGAAGCAAUCACUUAACAUGGAGGUGGGGACGGGCUUCAUUCCUGAGUGCCAGGACAGCGAUGGCAGCUUCUCUACAGUCCAGUGUGAAAAAGACAGGCAAACCUGCUGGUGCGUCUUUCAGAAUGGGGAGGAGGUGCCAGACACAAGGACUCAAGGACGUGAACCUUCUUGCAAGAGACCAUUGUGCUCUCUACCAUUUAAUGAAUCUGGUCUCCAUAAUGGAAUUGUACUUUGCGAAGAGAAUGACCAGGAGAAGCAGGAGUGUCACCUGGCUUGUCGACAAGGAUAUCAUAAUGUACUUAGUGAAGAUACUUAUCAGUGCAAUGUUACAUCUCGCUCUUGGGUUUUGAAAAUGCCACAUCCUUAUGCCUGUCAGAGACAGCAAAUGAGGCAGACUUUUCAUGUUAGUGCCAAUGUGCAGGUGCAGCUUCCUAAAGAGAAGACAUGCAACACAGAGAUUUCCACUUUAAAGUUUUCUCUGCUUGAUCACAUGCAUGCAAAUGGCUUCUGUCACCUCCAGAUCAACAGCUUUGGCCGACACGAAACUAUCUCAAUUUGUGAUAACUCAACAGUGACUUUAGAGUGCAGUGGAGCAGAUCAAUUAGCAAUGAUGAUAACUUGGAGGGCUCAACGCAGGAAUAUUCCCAUCAACUUUUUGCCUGACUUACAUGACAUUGAGAAUGUCUUCAACAGUGGAAACCUGGCUGAGCGUUUGGUCACAUUUCUUAAAAAUAAUGCUCACCUACUUUUCCUUGGUUCUGAGUCAAUCCUGGUUGAUGUCACUGUCAGUAACACCUCUGCAGUCCAGCUGGGAUGUUUACCAGGAUACAAAAUGAUCUUGGGCGUUAAAGGAUGUGCAAUAUGCCCAGCAGGAACCUUUUUCAGUGGAGAUGCCUGCCUCACUUGCCCACUUGGCUCCUAUCAGGAUAAGGAAGGACACGUUUCCUGUAACAAAUGCACGGCAGGAAGAAUAACUGUCUUCACUGGCUCCUUCAAAGCCACACAUUGUGUAACUAGUUGUCUUGCCAACAAUUUAGGCCUUCAGUGCAAUGAUAAAGGAGAAUACAAAGCAAGUCAAAAAGACAUCAACUCUCAAAAAUGGUUCUGUGUCCAAGAUAAUGGAGAAAAGCUGGAGUGGACUGAAAGUAUAAUGGCUUACACAGAGACUCAGUGCCAAGAGUUACGGAAGUUUGAAGACCUUUCUCCAAGGCAGUGGACUUUGAAUGCAGAGGACUCUUCAAUUCUGUUCUCCAAAUCCUCUAAUGAUAAUAUCAGGUUUCUUCUUCCCCAGUGCAUCUCAGAAUGUACACAUAAUUAUUCCUGUGGUUAUGUUGCUGUAUUCAGUGAUGGACCCACAGCGAUAUGUGACCUGUAUGUCAGCGAUGGAAAUAAUGUCAAGUGCACAGCCACUGAAAAGGGGAAUGGCUUUCUGGGAAAUGCAGGGGUGGAAAGUUACCAAAGCCUGAGUUGCACAGUCAAGGUGAAGAGCAAAAUGAGAGAAGAUCUUGCAGUUUAUAGGAAAAAAGGUCAUGAAUUCACCACAGGAACCCAGAAAAUAUUUCAGCGAACAAAUUUUAGGAAGGCAGCCUCAGGGGUAUACCAGGUGGUCGCCUUUGUUGUGGAGCUGUCUGCUUUGUCUGAUGUACACCACUUCUGUCAAGCAGCAUGCACCGAGGACACCUGUUGUGAUGGAUUCAUUCUGAAUCAGAAUGUUCUGAAUGGAGCUACAAUCAUGUGUGGGCUGCUUAGUUACCCAGAGGCCCUACUCUGCAGUGAUCAAGACUUCAACCAGAGUGCUGGAAGUAAUUUGUGUGGAAGAGAAAUAAAGUAUAAUAAAGAGAAAAAAGAAUUUGUGUUCAGCUUGGGAGAACAGAACUUCACUAUUACUGAUGCACUUUUACCAGCAGCAAGCAAGAAUGAUACAAAUUACCAGGCAAAUCUAAUCAGCUUCCAAAGAGUUUAUAUGUGGAAAGAUUCCAACAUGAAUGUGCGAUCUUCAACUGCAGCGAACUGCAUGAAUAUCAUGCUUCAAAAUAGGGAGACCCUGAAAAUACCAGAAAAUGUGAGAGAGGCUUUCAUAACGACAGACAGUAGUAUAUUUCAUGUGGACCCACAGCUAAAAGUUUCAAGCCAGGAAUUCUGGAUUUUUAAACAUGAAUAUUCGUCUCCAGAGUUGGCACAGCUUUGGUGUCUUACACGCUGUGAAGAAGAAGACUUCUGUAAACUAGUAGAUCUUCAAGACAGUGACCCUUCCUAUUUCACUUGUACUUUGUAUCCGGACACUCAGGUCUGUGGUUCAUACAGUAAAUCCUCCCGGGAGUCCUGCAGGCCCGUACUUCCUUCCCAACCACAAACAACUUACAAGAAGAAAUUGAGUCUAAAGGGAAGUGUUAAAAACUUCUACAGCCGCCUACCUUUCAAAAAGCUAGUGGCAUACUCAGUACGACGUAGGAUCAAUCAGACUGGGAAGACUCUUUCUGAAGGGUUUUUUGAAUGUGAACGGCACUGUGAUGAAGAUUCCUGCUGUAAGGGAUUUGGGUUCAUUAAGGAUCUUCAGACUUCAGCAAAGGAAGUGCUCUGCCUGAUUCUGAACAGCAUUGGAGUUCAGACUUGCCCUGAAAGUGAGCAGUCCAGCUGGAGGGCUUUACCAUGUGAGGUUUCCAACAUAGAAUCUGAAAUUUAUCCAUUUGGUUGGUACCAAAAACCAGUAAAUCAGUGGAAUAACAUUGCAUCAAUGUGUCCUCCAUUUACUCUCCCUUCUCCAUCCAUUAAUGUUACUGGAUUCACUUGGAAGCGUCUGGAGACAUCUUCCAUUUUAAUUGACCCCAACCUCUCACACUUUGACAUUAUACACAUAAGUAAAGACCUUGUUGAUAACCUCACUACUGUUAAAGAAUGGUGCUUGUCAGCAUGCACAUCAUCCCCAUCUUGUGUGACUAUCUCCCUGGAUAUGAAGCAGCCCGCCUUCCAUUGUGUUCUGUACCCUCAGACACAAGUCUGUAUUCCAAACUCCCGUUUUCAGCUGGAGUGUAAAUCCCUGCUGAAGGAGCCUAGUGAAGAAGUCUACUACAGGACAGUGUUGGAUCCACCCCUGACAUCAGUUACCAUCACAUCUCAUGGCACACUAAUUGGACGGUCCAAGAUGGUACCAGUUGGCUCAAACUGGAAAACAGUCGGCCAGUUUUUAGGAAUCCCAUAUGCUGAGCCCCCUACAGGAGUGAAUAGGUUCACUGGUCCACAGCCUCCCAAAUGGAGAGGGAUAUGGAAUGCCUCAUUUAUUCGACCCAGUUGCUUACAGCCUGGUGACCAGAAGGACCAACUUCUCACUUCAGACGAAGACUGCCUGUACUUGAAUGUAUUUAUGCCCAGCAAUACUGUAAGAAAUUCUUCAGUCCUUGUUUUCUUUCACAAUCCUGCAAGAGAGCUGAAUGGAGGGGACAAUUUAAUAGAUGGCUCUUAUCUGGCAGCACUCGGCAACAUUAUUGUUGUAACUGCAAACUUCAGAAUUGGAGUGUUUGGAUUUCUUACUACAGCAUCCACACAGGCAAAUGGAAACUUUGGCCUCCAGGAUCAAAUUGGGGUCCUAAAAUGGGUUCAAAAGAACAUUGCCAGUUUUGGUGGUGAUCCUGGAUCAGUGACGCUGGCAUCGGAUCGAAGUGGAGCAGACAUUGCUGGAUUGCAUCUGACGUCAGUGAUGAGCACCAACCUCUUCCAAAGAGUUCUCCUAAUGGGUGGUUCUCCCUUCUCUCCAAAUGCUGUCAUCAGCCUAAAUCAAGCAGAAGAAAGGGCUGUCACUCUGGGGAAAGAAGUUGGCUGUUUCACUUCAUCCUCCAAGGAGCUUGUUUCCUGCCUAAAAGAUGUGGCAGCUGUUCAGCUGAAUGAAGCACAGACUAAACUGUUGGCAGUCAGCAGCCCAUUUCAAGCAUGGGGCCCAACUGUUGACGGAAUAAAUGUGCGAGAACCAUCAUCAGUGGCUUUCCAGAAUGGCCGCUUCCAGAAGGUUGACCUGAUGAUUGGCACUUCUUCAGAGGAUGGUCUUAUUAGCAGAGCAAAGAAAAUCAAGAAAUUUGAAGAGCUUCAAGGGAGAGUCAACAGUAAGACAGCAUUUUAUGCAGCAUUGACAAAUGCUCUGGGUGGAGAGAAUAACAACACUUUCGUCCAUGAGGCAGCAACAUGGUUUUACUCAAUGGCCCAUUCUGUGACACCUGCUGGCUACAGCCUCUUCUCACGGGCCUUAGAAAACGCCACACGGGACUACUUUAUUUUAUGUCCAACAAUACAAAUGGCAAAGUUUUGGGCAGAAAAAACCAGAGCUAAUGUUUUCAUGUAUCAUGUGCCAGAAAGUGUUUCUCAAACCAGCAUUGACAUCCCUGUGACACUGGACCUGCAGCUGGCAUUCGGCCUGCCACACAGUCCACAAACCAGGCACCUAUUUAAUGCAAUGGAAAGGCGACUCUCAUUACAGAUGAUGCUCUACACUUUAAAUUUUAUUAAAUCAGGGAAUCCGAACUAUCCAUACACUUUCAGUAAAAGGUCCUUUAGCAACUUCUUGCCCGCCUGGCCUGCAUUUGUGCCUCAUCCAAAUGGAGAUAACUUCAAAGUGCUUGAUGACUCCCUUAACAAUGGCAAAGGUCUGAGGAAAGCCGAGUGUUCCUUCUGGGCUGAUUACAUCCAAACCCUAACGACUUCUACUAGUAGGCUCUUCAAGACUGGACCAGAUGUGGAUGUUGAUGAUAUAAAUCCAAAUCCUUCUAGUAAUUUCCAGACUCCAAUCACAAAGAAGAAAGGUGAUUUGGAGAAGGAUGCUUACAACUAACUGUCGACUCUUUCUGUGUUGAUUCAUGUAUUCAUAGUAGAAAGUGAAGGGAUGGCAAUGUUCCUUAGGCCUUUCUUCAGCGAGCAUCUUGUCUGUUUUUGUUAAUUGUUGUCUUAUUCUCAUCAGUGUACAAUUAAUUAUGCAUCAAGAGCAGCCUGUCUGUAAGACAGUCAAUAAAAACCUGC